CAAUCCUAGGACACUUACUCACUUCUUCUUCAUCUCACUUGUAUUCAGUUUCUUGCUCCUUUUUUUUUCUUUACAUCUUAUUAUUCUUCAAUAUAAUUAACUACCAUGUAUCAAGCAGCAGAAUCAUCAUCUUGGGCUGGAAAUUACCACAAUGUACCAACCCGACGAGGAUCAUCGUCCUCGUCGGACCCAUUGGAAAGGGUUGUGAGGCUGGCUUCAGGAAGUGCAGUGGUAAUAUUUAGCAUGAGCACAUGUUGCAUGUGCCAUGCAGUGAAGAGGCUUUUUUGUGGAAUGGGAGUGCACCCAACGGUGUACGAGUUGGACCAAGACCCUAAAGGCAAAGAAAUGGAAAGAGCACUUUCUAGGCUUCUUGGAAAUUCACCUGGUGUGCCGGUUGUAUUCAUUGGUGGAAAAUUAAUUGGAGCAAUGGAUAGAGUUAUGGCUUCUCAUAUUAAUGGUACUUUGGUUCCACUUCUCAAGGAAGCCGGUGCUCUUUGGCUUUAAUUAAGUUUUACUUUAUUUGUAGUUUUGAUUUCCCUUAAUUAAUGUGCUUUAAGUUUUGUGGUAUGUUAUAGUUGAUAUAAUGCGUCAUUUUUAGCUAGUACGUAGUUUAAAUUCAUGGCAAUCUUGGACUUGUUGAUGUGCUGAUACAUGUAGUUCAUGAUCAGCCAACCCUCGUUGUAGAUAUAAUCAAGAAACCACC